AAAAACGUGAAUACCUAACAAGGUGUAAAAUUUUGAAAAACUAAAAGAAUUAUUUUCAGUCAAAUAAAUCAGUAUAAGUUUUAGAAUCAAAAAGACGUGUUCUCUCUUUGCUUUGCGAUUCAAAGUUACUAGAAUAUAAAAUAUAAAAAUAACGUGAACAAUAAAGUGUAAAAUUUUGAAAAAAAAAAAAAACGUGAAUCUAACAAGGUGUAAAAUUUUGAAAAAAACAAAAACAGUAAAUCAGUAUAAGUUUUAGAAUCAAAAAGACGUGUUCUCUCUUUGCUUUGCGAUUCAAAGUUAUUAGAAUAUAAAAUAUAAAAAUAACGUGAACAAUAAAGUGUAAAAUUUUGAAAAAAAAACGUGAAUAUCUAACAAGGUGUAAAAUUUUGAAAAAAACAAAAACAAUAAUUAUGUCUCCUCAAAUCUGUGUCAUUUGCGAGAAAAAAUUCGCCCAUGCUAACUCGCUAAAAAGGCAUAUGAAUUCUGUUCAUAAGGAGCAGGUUCGUAUUGAAUGCCCACAAUGCCAAGCGAUGUUUUCACGGAAGGAUGCCAUGCUUAGACAUACUAGGCAAGUGCAUUCUAAAAGCAACAUUGAAGGUGUAAGUGGGAUCGUUGUGAGCAACACCGGAAACGCUCAGCAUGUAUCCAACAAGAGAAAAUCUAUUGAUGAUACCCCUCAUUGCUCAUCGAAAAAACGCAGAUGCGACGCUUGUCAAAUGGAUGUGGAAUCUCGCGAAUGGCCAGCACAUUUAAGAACAAACAACCAUAAGAGUAAGAAUCUAGUACAAGUACCAAACACUCCCUUCAUGAGGAUUCGCCAAUGUUUUGGAGGAAAUGUUGAAACAUUCAUGUUGGAAAACAAACUUGAAGAUGUUUUAAACAUUAAAGUUUUUUUGGACAAAUGUAAGCCAGAUUUAUUGAAUCUAAUUCAAGAUUCUAUGCUCAACAAAGGGAGUGUUAAAUUCAGCAUUGAAUUGUUUGCCGAGUUCAUUAAAUACUCGAUGCUAUCUGGAGGAGAAGAGCAUGCUGAUUUAAGCAUUAAGUCGUUUAAAACCCCUAUGGUAAUAGCUUUGGAUACACAGGAUAUUGAAAAACAUUUUUGUAAGCUAUUUGAGAUUAUUGAUGAAAAAAGUGAAGUGUUUGAGGCCCAAAGCUCUGGGUGGAGCCUUUUUUGCAUCAAACACUUAGAAAUCAAUAUUAACGAAUAUAAACCACUGAGAGGGUCAAGCUAUAUUAAACUGCCAAGCUGUAUAGAAUCAAAAAAGGCAUGUGUUAAUAUUCAAAAUAAUGACGAGUAUUGCUUUAAAUGGUCCAUCAUAUCAGCACUUCAUCCAGCCAAUCUUCACGUAAAUAGAACCAGCUCUUAUUCAAUACCUGAAAUAUCCGAUGACUUUAUAAAUUUACCCAAUGGACUUCAGCUCAACUUUACAAAUCUUACUUUCCCCUUGAAGCUGAAAGAUGUAUCGCUCUUCGAAGAGCUCAACCCGAAGAUAAGUGUUAACGUCUUUGGCAUUGAGCCGAAAAAUAUCAGAGACAAAUAUAAAGUUGUUGGACCUUACCAUUGCACAAAGAACGUCAAGGAGAACCAUAUAAAUCUGUUGUUCAUCCAAGAGGCUAGUCGCAGUCAUUUCAUCUGGAUAAAAAAUAUUUCAAGACUGAUCAGCAUGCAAGUAAAUCAUGGGAACCAUUCUAUAAGAAUGUGCAAUUCUUGCCUGCUUACAUUUAACACGGAAAGAGCAUUUCAACAACAUCAAAGAGAAUGCAACAAAACAGUAACUGAACUACCGAAGGAAGAUGCCAAUAUCCUUAAAUUUGAGCAUUACGACAGAUCUAUGGAGGUACCCUUCGCAGUCUAUGCCGAUUUCGAGUGCAUGCUGGAAAACAUUGAGAGUUGUCAACCAGACCCGUCAAAGUCUUCAACGACAGCAAUAAAGGUGCAUGUACCGGUAGCAGUCUCAUAUUAUUUGAAAUGCUCUUUUAAUUCAUCAUUGGACAAGCUGUUCCAAUACACAGGAAACGAUUGUGCUCGAGUGUUCGUAGAUUCUCUAAUUGAAGUAACGAAACGUAUGUACCAAGAACACUUGAGCGUAAUAGUACCACAAAUUGUAACAUUUGAAAGCAGCGAAAUGAUUAGAAGGGCCACCAAUUGCCAUAUAUGUGGUAAUUAUCUAGGACUGGACAGAGUACGAGACCAUUGCCAUUUAACUGGGAUUUUUAGAGGUGCGGCUCAUAGCACAUGUAAUUUAAAUUUUAAGGUAUCAAAAUUCUUUCCUAUAUUUUUCCAUAAUCUCACUGGAUAUGAUGCCCAUUUAUUUAUUAAGGGGCUGGGUAAUACCAUAUUGGAUAUUAGGAUAAUUCCUUUGAAUAAGGAGAAAUACAUAUCAAUAUCAAAAAUUGUUCAAAUUCAUAGUGAGAAGAGUUUGGAGCUAAGAUUCUUAGACUCAUUUAGAUUUUUGCCUUCUAGCAUUGAUAACAUUUCAAAAACCUUAGCAAAAAGUGAUUUCAAAAUUUUGUCUCAAUUUUGUAACAAUAAAUGA